GAAUCUGUUCGCGAGGCCAAAUAUCCCCGGGUCGGACACAUGGGGCGCAUGCGGCCACCGUCUCUCAGCUAUCGCGAGAUUUCGACUUCCCGGAAGCGGUGGAGAACGUCGCGAUGUGUGGGGACUGUGUGGAGAAAGAGUAUCCUAAUCGGGGUAACACCUGUCUGGAGAAUGGAUCUUUCUUACUGAAUUUUACAGGCUGUGCAGUAUGCAGUAAGAGGGAUUUUAUGCUGAUCACAAACAAGUCCCUUAAAGAGGAAGACGGAGAAGAAAUAGUUACCUAUGAUCAUCUGUGUAAGAACUGUCAUCAUGUAGUUGCCAGACAUGAGUAUACGUUCAGUAUCAUGGAUGAAUUUCAGGAAUACACCAUGCUGUGUCUGUUAUGUGGCAAAGCUGAAGAUACUAUCAGUAUUCUCCCUGAUGACCCCCGACAAAUGACUCUGUUAUUCUAAGACUCCUUCUACAGUUCUGUUGUAACUGUGUUAUGUUGGUUCAUAGAAAGCCUGAUUGUUUAAUAAUGAAAAGUUCUCUGCAUAUUUUCUUUCAUGCUAAGACCUAAAUAUUCUUUGAAAUAAAAGUAAUUUGGGAAAUUAUUGUACCUAGAGUUGAGUUCUUCUGUUGAAGUUUCUAGUUCACAUCAGUGUAGCCGAAGUGAAAUAUCUUUGUUGCAGUUAUUUGACCAGAAAAAUAAUUAGAAUGAGUGCACACCUAGUGCCCAGAUCUUGGUUUCUCCUAAAAGGAACCAGGACUUCUUGGAAAAAUGUCUGGUGGACUAGAGCAGGAAAUAAGUAUCUGGAAAUGAGCCUGGAGCAUCUUAUGUCACAAAAAAAAAAUUAAGUGCUAAUUUUUAAAAUGUCAAAAUUAUUAGGGUUUUAUCAGACAAAGAAGUCAAAUGGAGAAGCUUCCAGUGACCAAAGCUGGAACAAUUUGAGCAGCAAAAUAAAAUUAUAUUGGAUUAUAACCCAAACUACAUAAUAAAUAACUGUGAGUCCUUCAUUACUGGUAAAUAAAUGGUUGAAUGAGGGAAUGAAUAAAGAAAUGGGAGAGAAUAGACACAUCUUCUGUAUAGAAAAAUUCCAAAUAAUUUCUGUAGAUACUCCCCACCUGAAGCAUAGGCUGUUCAUAGUGACUUUCUUCCAAGAAAUAUGGAACUGGGGAAUAGCUUUACAGUGGAGAAACCUGAUAAACAUUAGCUCAGCCAGGUUAUCAAGGUUAACAUCAUCAGUGAUGAGCCAUGUUGAUAGCAUAUACUCUUUUUUUAAAUAUUUUUAUAUGUAUGGACCCUUAUUUUAUUCAUUUAUUUAUAUGUAGUGCUGAGGAUCAAACCCAGUGCCUCACCCAUGCUAGGCAAGCUCUCUACCACUGAGCUACAGCCUCAGCCCCGAUAGCAUGUACUCUUAAUGUGAUAGGAUGAGAAUGGUGCUUUACCUCUGUAGUAUUCCUUCCAAAAAGCCAUUACCCCGGUCUAAAAUCAUGAGAAAAACAUCACACAAAUCCCAAUUGAAGGACAUUAUGCAAAGUACUUGACCAGUGCUCCUUGAAACUGUCAAGUUCUUAAAAAAUAACAAAAGUCUGAUAAACAGUCACAGACAAGAAGGGCCUAAUAAGACAUGACAAUUAAAUGUAGUGUGGCAUCCUAAAGGGUAUCCUGCACCAGAAAAAAAGGACAUUUGGUUGAAACAGGGAAACUGAAUAGCAUGGUUUCAGUCACUCCAAAGGGAUCUUAGAAUGUCUUAUUUUUCUAGUUGAAAGAGCAAUUAUGGGGGUCAUAAACCCGAGCAUUUAGGUCUCUCUGCUAUUUGAUAUCAAUAUAAUCAUUAAACAUAGCAUUGCUUGGGAUUUCAUUGUCCCAUUCCUAUAACAUUGGGUUAAUAAAAUGUGAUAUACUCAUUUUGCAUUGUUAGGAGAUCCAAAUGAAUUAAUGUAAAAUACUUUGGAAAGCAUAUAAAGUACAAAGUACAAUGUGGUGGCUUCAGUUAGUUCUUCUCAUUCUGAAACCAGAACUUCAGGGGUCCAGCUUUAGAUACUGUUUCCUCUUUACAUAUAAGAGAUUAGAAAAUUCUGAGCUAAAGGUUUGCUUAUAAGGAAAAAAAUUAGCCAAUUGUUCAUUGUUGAUACCAGGGAAGAGCUUUAUUAUGUAACAGCAUGGUAAUAAUAAUAGCUGAGCUUUACUGAGUACUUCCUCUGUGCCAACAGACCAUUUAAAGCACUUAUUUAAUCCUCAUUAACACCACCAUAAGAUAAAUACCAUCCUUAUUCCAACUUUAGAGCAAGAAAAAAACUAAGACACAAAGAAGUAAAGUAACUUGCUCAAGGUCAUACAGCUACCACAGUGGCUGCUUUCCAGCAGUGGUGUUUGGUAAAUAUGAGGUACAAGGGUCUGUCAAGGUUAGGAAGAGGUUAAGAAUAUCAGUGACAGCACUCCAAGGAAUCUCGGCAUGUCAGAUAAAGAUUUAUUACUCAGAAAAGUUAAGUCAGCUGCUCCUUAGGGAUCAGUUGUUUUAUUCCUGGAAAAUGUUUUCCAUUUUGCUGCAAAUCUAUAUCUGACCUGCUGAGGAAAUCGUUCAGUGAAAUGAAUCCAAAAAGCAGAGAAAAUGCUUCAUUACUUUAAAUAGAAGCCCUAGGCCCAUUAUAUCCUCUAUAUUCCAGAAUUGUCCUGUCUUGGAAUUUGCUAAUGCUUCCAACUUUGUCAUUCGAAGCUCAGGAGUAUGAUCUUAUAUGCCCUUGCUGGUAUCCUUGUCUAUAGAAGAAUAUCUGUUUUGAACUAUGCAUUACAAAAGUUAAAAACAUAAGAUCCUAUCCAUACAUUUGAUUAUUAUUAUUCAAUCAGUGUGAUGAUGUGUUUGUGACACUGUCUUUAUCAUCUUUCAGACCCUUUCGUGGGUCAAAUGGAAUAAAGACCUCUUGAAUCCAA